AUGGAGAACCAGCAGAACACAGCGCAUAGAGCGACGAAGGAGAAGAAGAAACAUACUGGGGAACGCAAUCCAAAGGCUUUUGCCUUUGCAAACCCAGGUAGAUUAGCAAAGUCUGCUGCUCGGUCGCACGAUAUUAAAGAAAAGAGACUCCAUGUACCGCAGAUUGAUCGAAUACCAGAAGAGCCCCCACCACGCCUUGUUACAAUCGUUGGACCACCUGGUGUAGGAAAAACCACACUUUUGAAAUCUUUGGUCAAGCGAUAUGCAAAGGAAACACUCUCUGAGCCACAGGGACCGAUCACAGUUGUCACGUCGAAGAAACAGCGGUUGACUUUCGUAGAAUGUCCAAACGAAUUGGAAGCGAUGGUGGACAUGUCUAAGGUGGCGGAUAUUGUAUUACUGAUGAUUGAUGGAAACUUUGGAUUCGAGAUGGAGACCAUGGAAUUUCUCAACAUCUUGGCUUCCAGUGGUAUGCCUGGAAACGUUUUCGGAAUUCUCACACAUCUGGACUUAUUUCGAAAACCACAGACAUUGAAGGAUGCAAAGAAGAGACUAAAGAAUCGAUUCUGGAGUGAGCUAUAUCAAGGCGCUCAUCUAUUUUACCUUUCUGGAGUUAUCAAUGGCAGGUAUCCAGAUCGCGAAAUUCACAAUUUGUCGAGAUUUAUUUCUGUGAUGAAAAAUCCACGGCCGUUAGUAUGGAGAAACUCACAUCCUUAUACUGUCAUCGAUAGCUUCCGAGAUGUGACCCACCCAACGAAAAUUGAGGAAGAUUCAAAAUGCGACAGAACCAUUGUUCUUUCUGGAUACUUGCGGGGUACCAAUUUCGCCGCACAAGGACAACGCGUUCAUAUUCCCGGUCUGGGCGAUUUUUCAAUAUCAGCUAUGGAGUCAUUGCCAGAUCCAUGUCCAACUCCAUAUAUGGAUCAGGUAGUUGCAAAAGCGACAGGAAAGACAGGACGCAAGCGACUUGAUGAAAGGGAGAAGAAACUUCACGCACCGAUGUCCGAUAAAAGCGGGUUAAAGAUUGAUGGAGAUACCAUUUACAUCACUCGGGAGAAAGGGUUUAAUUUCGAUGCAGAUGGCAGCGAUGAUGAGCGUGGAGAAGGAGAGGAGCUCAUUGUCAAUCUACAGGGCGAGCGAAAGUUACUGGGAGAAACCGAAGAGGGAAUUAGGUUGUUUGGUGGUGGAAGCACGAUCAAGGCUUUACCAGAAGAAGAGAAUACGGGACGCAAACAACAACGCUCGGCGCGAUUUGUUGAACGUGAGCCUGAAUCUGAUGACGAGGACUUAGUGGACGACGAAGGGUUUGUCAGUGGUGAUGAAGCUCAAUCGGAUGAACAGACUGAGAUCACGGACGCCAAACUUGGAAAAGCUUUUCGAAAACCAAACGACAAAGCCGAUGAAGAUGUUGCCUUUGCUGACAGCGACUCGGACUUGGGUUCGUUAUCUGGGGAUGAAUUGGAUGAUGAAGAAGAUUCAGACGAUGAAGAUGCUUCUAGCGGGGAGGAUGGGGCAGUGCGGUGGAAGACAAACAUGUUGGAAACUGCAAAGAAACUGCACAACCAAAAGCGAUCAUACCGAACAGGAGAUCUUGCCAAGUUGAUGUACGACGAAGCAUUGACACCCACCGAGGUCCUAGCUCGAUGGAAGGGUGAGGUCGAGGAAGCAGAGGAGGAGGAUAUCGAAGAUUCUGAUGAUGAGACAUUUUUCAAGAAGUCUGGUCGUGAGAAAGAAGAGGAGCAUUAUGAAGACCGAUCGAUACCGAAACUAGACUAUGAAGCCUUGGAAACAAAAUGGUCGAUCGAUGAGAACCUUGAAAUACUACGUCGCCGAUUUGCGACAGCUGAUUUAUUACAUGGGAAGCCAUCGAAACAUGAUGGCAGCGAUGAUGAACACGAUGAAGACGAUGAAGACGAUGAGGAGGAAAAUGAGGAUGAUGAAGGAGAUGGAGUGUUCGAAGAUCUAGAGAACCCUCAAGAGGAUAAACCAGAUGACAUCGAGGCUGAGCGGGAGAAAAACGCAAGGAGGAAAGAGGAACUCAAAUUGCGGUUCGAAGAGGAGGAUAGAGAAGGCUUCAAUAACGAUAAAGCGAAUGCUCGCAGAGAAGGCGGCGUAGAUGCUGAAGAAUUUGGUGAAGACGACUGGUAUGAUGCACAGAAAGCGCAGAUUCAAAAGCAGCUUGACAUCAACAAAGCAGAGUUUGAUGCGCUAGACGAGAAUCAGCGAGUCAGCGUUGAAGGUUUCAGAGCAGGAAUGUACGCCAAAAUUGUCAUCGAAAAUGUUGCUUCCGAAUUUGUUACACGAUUCAAUCCACGGAUGCCAAUUAUUGUUGGUGGAUUAUCUGCAACCGAGGACCGCUUCGGAUUUGUUCAGGUUCGAAUCAAGAGGCACAGAUGGCAUAAGAAGAUCCUCAAAACAAACGACCCGUUAAUCUUCUCGAUGGGAUGGCGAAGAUUCCAGACAAUGCCAGUGUACAGCAUUUCUGAUUCGCGGACACGAAAUCGUAUGCUCAAGUACACUCCGGAGCACAUGCAUUGCUUUGGUACAUUUUACGGCCCAUUGAUCGCGCCAAAUUCUGGAUUCUCGUGUUAUCAAUCCUUUUCCUCUAAGAAUCCCGGGUUUCGAAUCGCAGCCACAGGAACGGUCUUGAAUGUGGACGAAUCGACAGAAAUCGUGAAGAAGCUCAAAUUAACAGGAACUCCAUACAAGAUUUUCAAGAACACAGCUUUCAUAAAAGACAUGUUUACAACGUCGUUGGAGAUUGCCAAAUUCGAAGGUGCAUCCAUCAAGACCGUCUCUGGUGUUCGUGGACAGAUUAAGCGCGCGCUCAGCAAGCCAGAGGGUCAUUUCCGAGCAACAUUCGAGGACAAGAUUUUAAUAAGUGACAUCGUCUUUCUUCGAGCAUGGUACCCAAUUAAGCCGCAUCGAUUUUACAAUCCAGUCACCAAUCUUAUUGGGUGGGAAGGCAUGCGUCUAACUGGAGAAGUCCGCCGAGACCAGAACAUACCGACACCGCAGCAGAAAAACAGCUUAUACAAGCCAGUUGAGCGAGCUGCUCGUCACUUCAACCCUCUUCGUGUGCCACGUGCAUUAGCCGCAGAGCUCCCAUACAAAUCUCAAAUCGUCCAAAACAAGAAACAGUCCAAAGAGACAUACAUGCAGAAAAGAGCUGUGGUGUUAGGGGGCGAAGAGAAAAAGGCGAGAGAUCUGAUGCAAAAGAUCAUGACUGUGAGAAAUGAAAAGGUUGCGAAGAGAAGAGCUGCCAAAGAAGCGAAACGGGUUGUGUACAGGAAGAAGGUUGCUGAGAAUGAGGAGAUGAGGGGGGAGAGAGAGAAGAAGGAGAAACAGGAGUAUUGGCGGAAGGAGGGAAAGAAGAGGAGAGCGGAUCCUAGUGAGGGUGGUGGUGGGAAACGGAGGAAAUAG